AUGCAGGAUGGACGGCAGAUCUUCGGCCCUGUGGUAGUCGUUUCCAGCUUCAAGGAUGACGCUGAAGUGUUGGAAUGCGCUAAUGCUACCGAAUUCGGUCUCUCUGGCGCUGUCUUCAGCCAGGAUGUGAACCAGGCUUUAAGAGUUGCCGGUCAAAUCCAAAGUGGAACAGUCUGUAUCAAUUGCUGCACAAUGGUUGAUAUUCAGGCUCCCUUCGGUGGCUACAAGCAGAGUGUCUGGGGAAGAGAAUUGGGCAAGGCUGGAAUCCAAGCGUACACUGAAACGAAGACAGCAUUUAUGAACAUGACAUAUUAA